AUUCCGUUUUCAAAGACAAAAAUCACAAAUGUCUAUUGUCUUUCUGUUUCUUGUUUGGCAUAACCGGCAGCAGUGAACACUGUAAAAACUUUUAAACAGUGAAAAAUACUUUGGCGCCAACAAAGGCGCUAAGUGUAACGCCCAAAGAGUGCAACGCGCACGCAGUAGCAGAAAGAACGAAUCGCCAUUGAAAGAAGAAAUGCAUCUUGCAGCCAUCUUGCAACCAUAGCAAACUCGAACUCGAAGGUUUCACAGUUUCAUACUCAGGUUUCGCAGCUACUAGUUAUUCCAUCAAGAUGCCGCCUGAUUGCUACAGAGUAGAAAUAAUCCACUAUUUAAACCCUCAUCUAAUAUGGGUUGAAGUCCGUGACCCAUCCGUUCUCAAAGAAGAAUUUUUAUUUGAACAAAUCGGUGUUUACGGCGUUCUGCCUAUGAAAAAGACUUUGGAUGUCAGUUUGACUCCGGGAGGUUUGAGUAUGAAAAGCCAGAAAUGCGAGGAAUGGCUGCCAGUCGCAUCAGUCGCUAUGAAAGAAUUGUUAGACGAGGCUGAAGAAGUGUGGUUUUCGCUGACAUUCAUGGAUAGAAGAACUACCAUAUUUGAUGACAGCAUACAUAAAUAUGGCGAAAUAAUAUUAAAAACACGUAGUGGUAAAUUAAUAGAGCUUUCAAAACAGCUGAUUAAAUCUGGCUUUGCUCACAUCGAUGUUUGUGAAUUCCAUGAGAAGCUAAGUUGCGGAAAACUUAACACUAAGCUGAGUACAUUACAAACUCAUGCAGUAAUCAAAGAAUUGGAAAAAUAUUGCAUGAGGAAAGAUAGAUCUAAGAAUCUUUUGAAAAAGUCUGUCGAAAAACAGACAUCUGUGUUCCGCAUUUCUCAAGAGUUUGAAAAGACUCUAACAGUGUCCAAUUUAGAAAAACAUAAUAAUGAGAUGCUACAGAAAACACUAAAAAAUAAAUACAAAGAUUUUGAGUUGUGCAAAGAUGUAGAUGAUCUGCCUGUGGGAAGGGCUUGCCGCAAAACUAAAAGUAAAUCAUCAGAAUCAAUAGAAGAGGACCAAAAAUCUCAUCUUUUAACCCAAAAAUUGUCUAUUGCAAAAAAGAUAUCCAAUUCGCCUGAAACUGAAGAUACAAACCAAUCUGGUUACAGUAGAAUAAGAAAAUUUUUGGCCAAAAAGAGAAUUGAUUCUGAAUCCAAACAUGAAAAAAAUACUGAGAAUAAAUUGGAGCAAAAUGAUGCAGUGGAGGUUGAAAAGUUUUUGGAAGGUGAUAAUAUUGAAAAAGCACUUCCAGAUGACUAUUUUAAGACAGAACCUAAACAUGUUAAAAGUUAUAUGGUUAAUAAAACAACCGAUGAAACUGAUAUUUAUGGUAAAGAAAAAACAAGAUCUGAAGAAAACAAUUUUGAAGAAAAAUCAAGACAUGGAUAUGAUUUUGAAGGUCAAAAAAAAUCUAGUAGUCGAUUUAAAGAAAAAAUAAGCAGUGAUAGACAUCAAGAAGAAAAUAUUGAUACACUCAAGACUUCUAAGAGACCUGUGAAACCGACAGGUCACAAAAGUGGCGUUACUACUAGAGUUGCGUACGGCCCGCCAGGAUUGAACCCCCGAUUGUUGCAAAUCCAAUGCAUUACCAUUCCAGACUAUGAAGAAGAAGAAUAUGAGAAACGGAAAAUACACAUUGAAGAAGUGAAGACAGAAAAACGCGACUGUAUGUAUGGUGACGUUGAUUCAGAAGUAGGUCUCGAAAUUACUAAUAAGAAAACUCUUAAAGAUUUUUUAAAAAAGGGUAAUCUUGUAGUGAAUUGUGAAAAAACAGAUAAUGUUGAUGAAAAUUUUGUUAAAAGUAGAGAUUUAAUUGAUAUUGAUUCUAGUUUAAGUUGUAAUUCCAGCUUUGAAGUUCAAAACGAACAAAAAAUCGUUAAAAGUUGUGCAGGAAUAGAUUAUACGGAUGAUUUAGUUGAAAAAAACCAUAAUAAGACUGUAAAGAAAGAUAAAUUCGUUGAGAGUGGUAUGAAAAUGAGUUAUAGGGAUAAUUCAAUUGAGAAAUACAGUAAAAAGAAAAUUCAGAACGAAUCUAAACCAGUCAAAUGUGCAACAGAAAUUAAUAACAGCAAUCAAUCUGUAGACAGGAAACCAUGUUUACUAAUUGAACGUAAGUUGAAAACCUGCCACAACACAGUUAAACAAAUAAGUAACACCUCUAGUUCCGACACUUCAAAUAAAGAUUCUUCUAGCGAUGUAGGCGUAUCAUCUAAUAAUAAUAACAACAAAGCUGAUGACAUCGAAGAAGUAAUUGAAAGGUUGAAUUUGAAAUAUAACAUAAAAGAUGAAAAUAUUAGCAAACAGGAAGAUAAACCUAUAACUGAGGCAGAAAUUUCAACCAAACUAAAAAAUAACGUUAACCCGUUUAAGAACAUCGAUCCAAAUUUAUCCGUUUUCGUCGAUAAUUUAGUCACACCUGUGCUUAUGGUACAUUCCAAACAUGAUAAACGUAUUCAACCAGUUUUCGAAAUGCGUGAUAUUUAUUUCAAUAGUCACAUACAGAACAUACUUAGAAACAUGUCGGUAGAAGGACCAAUGAUGUUACAAACGGUAUCUUGGUUUGUAAUUUUAAGAGGCUAUAGUUUGUUCAUGGUAAGUCCAAUGUCUAGUGGUAAAACUUUGGGUUACUUACCAGCCGUGUGUAGGUUAGUUAGCGAUUCUGUGUCAUUAACUUCAGAAAGCGGUGGUCCAUUGUGCAUUAUAGUUUGUGCUACGGCACAAUCUGUAACAAACGUGGAAAAGAUGGCUAAAAUGUUUUUAAAAACAGAGGAAAAGGUUCUAGCUUGCUAUGCAGGUGUGGAUAACUUUCAUAUAACCACAACACUGUUAAAUGGAUGUGAUUUAUUAAUAGCAACUCCGGCUUCUUUAGUAAGAUUAUUGCAAGUUACAGAUUUCGGUGUUGAUUUGAGACGUCUUUCAACAUUUGUUCUGGAUGAUUGCGAGCGUUUAUCAGAAGUUUAUGCGGAUGAAAUCAAAGUUUUCACAUACAGGAUCAAAGAAAUGCUCAAAAGAAGAGCCAACAAAGAAUUGAAAGUCCAAUACAUCCUCGCAUCCAGGAUCUGGUGCGAUUUUAUGGAACCUUUAGCUAAAAAGGCACCCGAUACGGUGAUCUGUAUUGGUGCGUUCCAGGAGUGUGUUUUGUAUUCCAAAACGAACACAUCAGUGACGCUCGUUAAGAAAGAGAAUAAAGUUGAGUCCAUUUUCGAAUUUUUGAAGGACAUCAAUGCUUCGAAAAGAACCAUUAUAGUCUGUGAUUCGAAUGAUGAAGUAGCGUUGUUAGAAAAAGCUUUGAAAAGAUCUAAACAUAUAGUUUUUUCAUGCAACAAUGAUAUGACCAUUCAUGAUUUGUACAAUUUGAGUGUUUCCUGGGCUGAUUAUACAGAACCGUUGCUAGGACCCAUUCUUGUCUGCUGUGACAGUAAUUUGAUUCACAUGAACAUUACGAAUGCUCACAACUUAAUUCAUUACUCAAUGCCGCCUUUGUUCUCCAUGUUUUGUAAAAGGUUCUCCGUUUUGAACGACAAUUACCCGUCCAUAUUCAAAACAGACAAUGAGAAUGUCAAAAUAAAAAUUCUGUUAGAAGAGAGCAAUGUGGAACAGUUGCCGAAAAUUUUGAACUUUAUUAAACGUUGUACUGACAAUGUCCCGAGCGUUUUGGAUGAAAUUUCGUCCAAUGUGUUAAAAGAAAAAGAUGUGAUUAAAGCUGAAAAACUCUAUCCCCUAUGUGGCAGGCUGCUAACUUUGGGAUACUGUCCAGAUUUCUACAACUGUCAGGAAAGACAUACAAUUUUGAAAGAGUAUGAUGCUCCUAAAGAAUGCUUGCCCAAAGAAGGUACAAUCACAUGUAAAGUUCUGCACUACCAUUCCGCAACCUUAUACUCCGCAAGACUUCUAUCAUGUACAGUCAACGGUACAACAGUUAACUACCCAAAAACAUAUAAUAAACUCGCUUUGAAAAUGGGCAUGCAUUAUAGCAAAGAAUCAAAUAAAAAACUUCACGGAAUACCUGAAAUUGGCGAUAUAUGUGCGACGUCAAUAAAACUCAAUUUCUACGUACGAUGCCAAGUACUAAAGAUUUUGAACAGAUAUGAAAGAGGAAAUCCUAAUAAGGUUUUAGUCAAGUUGAUCGAUGAAGAAAGACUAGAAGUGACAAGGGAUAUUUAUCUGUAUCAUCUACCAGAUGAACUGAAACAGAUUGAAACGCGGGUUGUGCAAGUCAGAUUGGCUAAUAUUCAACCCAAAGACAAAGAUAUAACAUUUUCAGAACUAGCCCGAGAUAGGCUUAAGAAAAUAAUAGAUACGGACACAGAGUUAUUUGUCAGAGGUAAAGUGGCUUUAACACUUGGUAACUGUAUAUUCGUCAAUACGCUGGAAGCGUGCCAAGAUUUGACUUCCCUCAAUGAAGUAGUUGUAAAAUACAAUUUGAAAGAAGAAUUACUAAAAGAUCAUGCAAUACCGAAUCCAGAACAUUUGCCAAAACUUGAAAAAUUGUGUACCGAAAGUGGUCUGAUUGUUAAAGAAGAAAGAAAUAUCAAACCCAGAAUGCCCAUCAAAAAUCUUCCUAAAGGUUCUUGGGCACAUUUGGAAAGAGACAGUCUUUCAAGCGUAUUUUAUGCAUCGGCAAUAAAUCCUGAUAAAUUCUUUGUGCGCCUUGAAAAGUUUGAAUCUUGCAUGGCUGGUCUGCUUCAGGAUAUUAAAAAGUAUGUAGAUUCGAACCCUACUCCGUGUAACAAUGUGAAAGAAGGCGAAAUAGUUUUAGUCAAAUUCCCUGGUGAUGAUACAUACGAACGUGCUAGAAUAGAUCGCAUAAAAGAAGAAACGGCAAAAUGCUUUUUCGUGGACCAAGGAGAUUGGAAAGAAAUUCAUGUAAAUGACGUGAUUCCGAUUACAGAAAAAUUAAUUAACCAGUUACCGUUCCAGGCUAUUGAGUGUCGGUUGGUAGGAAUCCGACCGUUGGGUCAACAAUGGACAGAUUUUAGCACAAAUUGGUUCAUCGACAAUUGUCAUAAUGACCAAGGCGAUCUAAAAUGUUUAUUCGUGAAAUAUUUUACGAAAGAGCCAGCCGAAUUUACUAAUGGUCACAAAUACAGCGUCGCAGUUGUAGACGUCAGUACAGAACAAGAUGUUAUUUUGAACCAGUUAAUGAUAGAUUUGAAUCUUGCCCAAGAAAAUCUUAGUGAAAUUAAAUAUCUAGAUGAUUUGGGAAUAAACAAACCAGAGCAAAAACUAUCUACAGAUACUGAAGACGAUGUUCGGGAGGAAGAUGUUACUUCUGGAGAUUCUAAUGAAGAAAUAGGAAAUGACAAUAUAGAGGCAAAACAUCAUGUCCCAUUACAGAGUAAUAUAUUGUUUAAAGCACCAAUAAGAUCAGUUCCGGUUGUCAACUCUGAUAAUGAGAGCGAAGAGUCAGAUAGAUGGGAUAUAGUGGUUGACAGUGAUACUAUGGACUUAUUUCCAGCGCUUCAGAAUCUCAAAAGCUUAGAAGACAUGCCUAAAGUUAAAACCGAAAAUACAGUAAAGCCAGUAGAAAGAGAUAACAAAAGAGCUGAAACAGUAGAAUUGGAUUCAGAUGAUUUGACGUCACCAGACAACACAUUCAUGGAGCCCGUUUCGACGAAUGAAGAAUUGGAAAAGAAAGCACAACCAAUUUUAGAUCUGAGACCUGAAAUAGAUGAGAAAAGGCGUCCCAAGUUAAUAUGGCGUCAGAAUAAAACCAGUGUAACUAUAAAAAUACAACUAAUAGAAGCUGAUAAUUAUAAACUAAACAUUGAAGAUCGAACACUAGUUUUUAGUGCUGAUGUGAACAAUACGGAAUAUGGCUUUGAUUUACAAUUGUACGGAGCGGUUUACAAGGACGAAUGCUCUCAUGGGAAUAAAGGCCAAUAUAUCUUGGUUAAGUUGAAGAAAGUUGCGACCAAAAAUUGGUUAACGUUAACACGAGAUGGCGGGAUUAAAAAGUGGAUUGUAUAUGAUGUUGAUAAUUUAGACACUUCCGACGAAGAAGUUCCCACUGAUAGUAUUAAAGAUGUUAUUCAGAAUAGAGACGAAACUGAGAGCGAGGAUGAAAACUCUGAAGAUGAUAGCAAUAGGGUUUAUAAGAAAUAUAUCUAACUCAUUGACAGUUGAAUUAACAUGAAAAACCGGCCAAGUGCGAGUCAGACUCGCGCACUGAGGGUUCCAUACUCGGGUAUUUUUUCCAACACUUGGCACUAUAAAUCAAAAACUGUUAUACAUAAAAAAAAACUGUUUUAGGAUGUACAGGCAA